GUUGCAUAGAUAAGAAGCGGGUCAUUCAGUAGUUGUUUACAAAAAUGGCUGGCGGUGUUGAUGUUGAGAAGACUCCGAUGGAGGAACAGUUAAGGCAGUUGAAAUUAUCAGGCCAUGUUGGCUUUGAUAGCCUACCUGAUCAAUUAGUUUCGAAGAGUGUCCAGAAUGGAUUCGUAUUCAAUAUUAUGUGUAUUGGAGAAACUGGUCUUGGAAAAUCCACACUCAUGGAUUCUCUAUUCAACACAAACUUCGAGUCUUCACCAAGUCCACAUUCCCUGCCUUCUGUGAAAUUGAAAGCUCACACCUAUGAAUUGCAAGAAAGCAGCGUUAGGUUGAAGUUAACGAUUGUUGAUACUGUUGGAUACGGUGAUCAGAUUAACAAAGAAGAUAGUUUCAAGAGCGUGGUAGACUAUAUCGACUCUCAGUUUGAGAAUUUCCUCCAGGAAGAGUUGAAGAUCAAGCGCUCUCUGUCUUCGCAUAAUGACAACAGGAUCCACGCCUGCCUUUACUUCAUUUGUCCCACAGGUCACGGUCUGAAGUCCAUCGAUCUGGUAUGCAUGAAGAAGUUGGACCAAAAAGUGAACAUCGUUCCCAUAAUCGCCAAAGCAGAUACAAUCUCAAAGACCGAGCUGCAGAAGUUCAAAUCUAAGAUUGUAGCUGAACUGGAGAAUAACGGUGUGCAUAUUUAUGAGUUCCCGGUGGACGAUGAAACCGUGUCGGAGGUGAACUCGACGAUGAACAGCCACACACCUUUCGCUGUCGUUGGAAGCACGGACUUUAUGAGGGUCGGCAAUAAAAUGGUGAGAGCCAGGCAAUAUCCGUGGGGCACGGUGCAAGUGGAGAACGAAGCGCAUUGCGAUUUCGUGAAAUUGCGAGAGAUGUUGAUCAGAACGAAUAUGGAGGAUAUGCGGGAGAAGACGCACUGCCGUCAUUAUGAGCUGUACAGGAAGAAGAGGUUGGAGCAGAUGGGCUUCAGCGAUGUCGAUGCUGAUAACAAACCGAUAAGUUUCCAGCAAACUUUCGAAACGAAACGUUCUAACCAUUUGCAGGAGUUGCAACAAAAGGAAGACGAGAUGAGACAGAUGUUUGUAGUUCGUGUGAAGGAAAAGGAAGCGGAAUUGAAGGAAGCAGAGAAAGAUUUACACGCCAAGUUCGAUAAGCUGAAGAAAGACCACACGGAGGAGAAGAAGAAAAUCGAUGAGAAUCGUAAGAAGCUUGAGGACGAAAUUAUUGAAUAUAACAGGCGCAAAACCCAAUACACGCAAAUGGGAAAUAGUCACCAUACUUUGACUUUAGGUAAAAAGAAAAAGUAAUCUAGCGACUUAGAUUUAUAUAUAUAUAUAAAAUAAAAUAAGAAUCGUAUUUAAGCACUUAUUUUAUACAACAAAUUUUUAUUUCUAAUUUAACCACUUGGAAGGCAUUGGUAAGUACUUGCAUUUCGCUUAAAGUGUAGCAUAACUGUGCUGAAUGUAGUUUAGGUGCACUUGGUAUGUUUCCUCUUUUUUUCUCUGUUUAUCCUUGAUAGAGAAACACGAAUCUCUAAUUUGCCUCUGUCGCAAAAUAGCUGUAUUAUAUAAAUGAUCUAUCCAAUAAUUUUCUAUCGAGGAUGAUCCGCAAGCGUCUCGAUUAAGCACACUUUGUCUUCCUAGUUUAUAACAAAGAAUAAUGUAUUAUUAUUAUCC